UGAAUUCUGCAUUCCGUACACAACCGGAAGUGUUUUUUUAGAACAUGUCCAGGUAGCAUGAGCUAAAAACAUUGGGCUAAUAAUACGAUCGCAAUUCGUAUUAAGUAGCCUUUUCGGUUUGGAACUCAUGCAAUACUGUGGGUUGACUGUACGCUGCAAUGGACCAACAUGGACGCAAAGUGAACCCUCCACCCUCCGGUUACAAAAAUCACAGAAGAAACAUGGAUAAUGACACUUUGAGUGUAAACCCUAAACGCUUUAGGCCAAGCCAUUCGCCGCACCGAGCUGAUCCAGCACCUCUCUCCUCCUCAGCAUCUUCAUGCCGGGCUUUGAGUACCAGGCGGCAAUUAUAUGAAAAACCCUUUCCAGUUUACAAACAGCCUGUUGAAGUGGGGUCUUUUUCACUGGACUCUGAACGUAGGUUCUUCAAUGACGCAAGGCAAAUUAGAUAUUUUGUGGAGCCGCCUUCCAGGCCUGACUUUAACCUAAGGGAUGGCUACAAGGACCGGUUUGUAAAGAGAGACGACAGUAUAAAGGAGAAACUGGAUCACAUCCUUCGGUGGAUUCUAGCCAACAAAUCAAAGCUCGAGUCCCGUGUGGCUGCAGCCUCAUCAUCACCGGCGUUGGGGGUGGACGUUGUCACAUGGCGCGGACAUCUCACCAAGCUUCUGACCACGCCAUACGAGACGCGGGAGGGCUGGCUGCUGGCAGCCACCCUGUUCAGAGGAACCCUUUACCUCAGCGAGGUGGAGACGGAGGCCUCGCGCCGCGAUACAGAAAACCGCACGGAGCGGCACCAAGAGAUGAUGUACUGGGGCUACAAGUUUGAGCAGUACCUAUGUGCAGAGGACAUGAAGGCCUCCCCAGACCCAGGCGGCGUGGUAAAUACCAACGAGGCUUUCUGCACCGUGGUCCAGACCAAGCUGGCCGACCACAAGCUGCUCUUCUCAGGCGAGGUAGACUGCCGGGACAGAGGGCCCAAGUCCCCUGCCGCCCCUGCCUGCUACAUCGAGCUGAAGACCUCGGCGGAGAUCUGCACGCCCAAACAACGGAGUAAUUUCCACAGAUUCAAGCUGCUCAAGUGGUGGGCCCAGUCCUUCCUCCCGGGAGUCCCUCGUAUCGUCGCAGGCUUCCGGGAUCCCGACGGCCUGGUUGUCGGGACGGAGACCAUUCAAAUCUCCCAGAUUUCACAUCUUAUCAAGAAUGAAUACAACUGCUGGAAACCCACCGUGUGUAUGAACUUCUGCUGUGAGUUUCUGUCCUUCGUCCGGACGGUGGUCAGAGAGGACAGCCCCAGGGUGGUACAUCUGUUCUCCUGGGACCCCCACCAAGACGUUACCUACACCGUUCACAGAGACUCCAGCUACUGCUUCCUCCCUCCCUGGUAUGUGGAGGGGAUGGCGUCCCCACACUGACCACAGCCGAACUAGGCCCCUCCCCUUGGGGGUCAAACCCAACUGGUUGUCCUCCAAGAGACUGUCUGUCAAUGCCAGCCUACUAUUACCAAGAGACUUUGAUCACCAAUUUGUUGGUCUGUUUAGCAGAGGUGGCUAGAUGUGGCAUCACUAGGCAUAUGUGAUGUUGUGUUCUUCCACAAGAAUGAAAUUAUUAUUUUAUUAAGGUAACAGGACCGUAAUAACAGAGCAAUGCCACUGUAUGCUUUGGUUCUCCCCUUUUAAUCCCAGGCUCACAAGCAAUAUGUUUCUGUUCCAAAACAAUUGUACAAUCAUCAAGACAUUAGUAAACGUAACCUUAACAAAGGCACAUGGAUUAUUACAAUAACUCUUCAUGUACUUAUUUCGUUAACAUGAUUAAAUAUCAGUAAAUGUGAAAGGGUUAGUAAAGUAGGUUUGUGGAAUAUUACAAUAACAUAAUGCGACUGUGUACUGAAUUUUAUAAUAAAUUAUAUGUGAAUUUUUC